GUGAGCACGCUCAAGGAAGCGGGGGAAGUGCAACGUGCAGGAUCGAGCUUCCGGGAGGUGGUGGGGAGCGCAAAGGGCUCGGCUUUUGCGGCCGAGACACUUGUCUGUACGGCCACGGGGUCGACUGGCCACCGGUGCAAGUCGGUGACACGAAACUCAAACGACGCGGUGGGUGCAUGUGCGUGGCGCGGACUUGGUGAAGAAGGAUUGGCGACACCAGCACCAUGCGCAUUGCGGCUUGGUCUGGUCCAGGCUUGGCGUUGUUAACGCUCUUGAUUGCGGGCUCAGGCUGGGCUGUUACCAGCGCCGCCACUGACGACGACAUUGCCGAAAACCUGCAAAUCAUCAAACUGGGCUAUGAUGGCUCGUACGUGGGCCACGUUGAGAUUGAUGGCCAGCAAUUUCCCUUGCUCUUCGACACGGGCAGCGACAACCUCGUGGUGCCGGCUUCCACCUGCGCAAAGUGCUCCGGUAACGACUGCAUCAGCAACAACUUUAAUCAAGACUGCAGUUGCAAGUCUGGUGUCAACAUCGAUAGCGUCCAGCCUCUCAAAUGCAGCGACUCUCAUUGCAGCGCGCCCGAUGCCUUGACGUGUGGCCCCGUACCACACCUCGAGGAUUGCGAGUGUUCGGCUUCCUCCAACGAGCUGUUGAACGGCGAGUGCUAUGGCGACGGCACGGGCUACUUUGGUCUCGUUGUAUCUGGUCGAGUUCAGCUGGGUAGUCUCUCCACCUCUUGCGUCUACAGCAUUUACGAGUAUAUGAUUGAGAGCUUUGCCUGUGGUACCGCCCUGAGCGUCGGCAUCCUGGGUUUGGCCUUUAGGUCCAUCAACUCACUCAAUGUCACCAAUCCGGUGCAACAACUGGCCCUUGACGGGCAAAUUGCCAACACUUUUAGCAUGUGCCUCGCCGCGCCGACGAGUCGAUACGUUGUGCCCAUUGGGGGUGCUGGUGUCUUUGUCUUGGGUGGAAUUGGGCCUGAUUAUCUGUACACGGGUGAUGUGGCCUGGGCCAACGUGGUCAGCGAAACUUUUUAUGAAAUGGAUGUGCUCAACAUCGUUUCGGGCGGAGUGCAGAUGGACAUUGAGAAUAUGGUGUUUAUCUUGGAUAGCGGCACUACUGAUCUGGUCCUGCCCACAUCCCUAUACCGUUCUGUCAUGCACACCUUGACGGAGGAUGGUCUCAUUAUCAAGUUUCGUUCGAGUGAGGCCAAUGGCGAGCCCGUCACGAUUGUCAUCCAGAACAACAUUGACUCGUUUGGCAUCGUCUCCUCUGGCGUGGACAAUGGCGAGGUGAUCUUGGGCCAACCGUCCUUCUGGGGCUAUCACGUCACCUUUGACCGCGACAAAAGCCGGGUCGGAUUUGCGGUGCAAGGAAACUGCAACUACGGCCACAGCAACAACGGACUCAGUACCGUGCAAAUUGUUUUCAUUGUCUUGGCCCUGGUGCUGCUCGUCACCGGCGUCAUCUUUUUCCUGCACUACAUGCAAUCGCGUCGCAAAGCUGCCAACUACGGCCGGUUGAGCCAUUCCCUGAUUGAAAAUGCCGAGCCCAUUGGCCAAGCCAAUGAGGCCUCGAACAGCACCGAGACAAGUCCUUCUUCAUAA